GCGCUGAGGUUGCGGUGCACAGCAGAGAGCUUCAUCAGCUAUCCACUUCCCAGUAUAAGUUGUCAGCACCUCAUAUAUGCCAUACUCACUAUCAGCCUGAGCACACGACGACAUCCAGGCACCUGUUGUGAACCUGCAUUGCCUACUCCCAUACGACCACCACACGCCAUCUCCACGACUAACCGCCAUGUCUCUGCUGCAACAUCUUUCCUCCGUCCCGCUCUUUUUCAGCACGCUCCUUCUCUGGAAACCAAAAGACUCGACGUUAGCUUACCUCGUCAUAUGGCUUCUACGAAUCAUCAUCUUUUCUCUGCUAUUUCGCUCGUUCCUGGGCCCUACCAUUCUUCGCUUGGUCUCUCGCCGUCUGAGAGUGCAAAGCGUCAGCUUGCGCUCGAUACGAGGAAUAUACUUCCGUGCGGGGAACAGCAUGCUGCACAUUGACCGCAUAGGCUUGUCCUAUCACAAACCCUCUGCGCUUGACGCGAGCCGUUUCUCGAUACGGGUCGAGGGGUUCCGGCUUGAACUCGCUAAGACCGGCCAGCAACGCCCACUGAAGAGGUCGUCCACAGGCAAUACUCAGAAGCAACGCGUGUCCGUGCUCGAUGCUUACCCCGCCCUGCAACGCGCGCUGGCUAUGCUGAAGCCAGCGGGUCAAUGGGUGUGGUCGUCGCUGGAGCCGUACGUCCGCCCUACCUUACGCGCCGCUGUCGUGUCCGUGCUCCGUGUCAUGAUACGGGCCCUCCCUACGCUGACUCAGGUUCUGGACUUGGAGAUCAACUCUGCGAUUGUCUCGUCGUCCGUUAUUUCUGGUGCCGAACUCGUCGUCCGCAAGGCCAAGUUCCACACCAGUGUCGCGUUCACCCAGCUCGAUAAUUCGAACACGACCACGAGACCAGUACCCGUAACACCAACCCGAGCAAUCCAUAGGCGGCUUGCAAGUGUCGCCAACUUCAAUACAAGGGUCAAGAAUAGCCUUAGACGGACGUGGGGACGAGCGUGGGGCUCUACUCAGGUCGCAGUUGCGUUGUCUCUAAAUAUUCACGAAGUCCUCGGAGUUGCUUCCGAUGUGCUGCUGGAGGAACUGAAGAGUCCUAUCAGAGGCCGGCACGCUUUCUUCGCCAUCCCCCAGGUGGCGUUCGCAACAUCUGUUCGACUGAAUCCUCGGCAGCAAGUAGAACGUCAUGGGCUGGAUAUUUCUUUCGGUGCUGGCCCGGUAAACCUUGACGUGGAAGUUGUGCAACACAUCCUGGACAUUCUGAAGGCGCUCCGCAAGCCCUCUGAAAAUGACCCUUCCACUCCGCCUCGACCUGUGCCCAGCCCUGAUGGUGUAGCCAGCCCUGCAAGCAUGGCGAGUCCCGGAGACAUAAUGAUCCCCAGAAGCAUCACGAGCCCACAGAGUGCGGCAAGUCCGCCCUUCUCCAGUCCGCCGUUGUCGCCGCGUUCGUCGAUCCUAUGGGCUUCUCCGCUGUCUCCAAAUUCCCCCUUAAUGGGAGCGCUUUCCGUGAGCUCUCUUUCCGCACGGUUCCGUUGGCGGGAGAAGCACCCGUCAAAGAGGAUACAAGCGCGAAAGGCAGUCGCUAGAAUCUCUAUGCUCAAAGCCAUUCGUAUCAACUUUCCUAGUGUUACCCUUGUGCAUCACAUGACGAUACAGGCAGACCAACAUACAGAGACCUUCACUGCGAACCUCGAACAGAUAGCGGUCAAUGUCGACUUAAGUCAUCCAGAUCGCAUUUCUCUGCACCGAGAGCACCUUGGCCGCACCAGUGCGCCAGGCGAUCCCCUCACCGCUGACGUUUAUCAGGUCAGCUUCUCGGUCGAGCACGCUUCUCUCGACCGAAUGGGUGCCGGAGCCCCACAAGAUCGUUUGCGAGUCCUUUCAGUAGGACCCUUGAAAAUGGAGGUCCUUAUUUCUCAGUGGCCAUCCCCGUGGCUGCAGGGCCCUUCGUUCCUUUCCGGUGAUCCAAACGCUCAGUUCCUUAUUGCAAGACUCUCGCUCGGUAACAUCGAGAUCACCGGACGUCUGGAGAUUAUCAAGCAAUUAUUAGAUCGGAAGAAACUUCCUAGGACGCCUUCACCGUCUGAACCUCCACCAUUACUCCCUCCUGUUCUCUAUCCAGUGCCCAGAUUAUCUUUCGGUUUCCAUGUCGGCGAUAUCUGCGUUCGUCUCAUUGGUUCCGAGGAGACAUCACCCUUUGCCCUUGAGACCCGAACAAGUGGUUUCGUGGCUACCUUCGACACCGCUUUCCAGGUCCUUCCAGACAGCAAGUUCACUAAGGUGUCUCCGGAUCCUGACCGACCUCGUCUGCGAAUGCGCAUCGACGGACGGGCCGAGCUGCACAGAACGUUCAUCAGCAUCGUUCGAGGGCCCGAGGGCAAUGUCCAUGAUGCUGAAGGUGCUACUGGUGGUUCGCUCUACCCCGGUGAACCAUUAGUCUCGCUGGAUACCGUGCAGUUUGUUGCUCGAGGGCACGGUUUCGGAGAGCUUGCGGAUGAAGCUGGAGAGGGUGUCGCGAUCGACGCGCCGUCCCUCUUCCUAGACACUUCGUGUUCUACCGAGGCGCUGUCCGUCGAACUCUGGCAGCCGGACGCAAUGGCCGCACUCAAAAUUGUGCUUACCAGCAUUUCCAGCACAGAACAAUCGAUUACUCCUCCAACACCCAGUAAUCCGAAAUACCUACUGAGCGCGCUCCCUGCAGGCAUUUCCACAUCGUUCGCAAUUGGUCGAUUCAUGGUCUUUAUAGCAGGGCCAGACCUCGCGCCUGGAGAAGAUAUGGCUAUCUUGCGUGGCGUCGCCUUCCAUACCGGGAUUGGCUUCCACUAUUGUUCCCUGCGCGACACGCAUUCGAAGGGCCUGGCAGACAUCAUCCCACGAACCCAGAAACGCUUGCAGCUGUCACUAGCGACCGAAUUGCUCUCGACUGCCGCAGGAGGCACCGGCGCCGCCACGCUCUCGCAGUCCGAACGCGCUUUGGUUGAGAUCGUGCUCUGGGACACCGCCCUGCGCGAUGCGCUCGCGACGCGAUAUGUUGCUGACGACCCCUUUGGUGUUGGCGACAUUAGCGAGGACUACAGGUCAAAGGAGUAUUUGAGGGUUGAACAAGUGACUGUCGGCGCCGUUAUCUCCGGGCGCCGCCUCGGCGGCAUUCCUAUGGCGGGCACGAAGGAUGACUGUGCCGUUUCGGUCGCUGUAUCACGCAUACGGGGCAGCGUUCACUUGGCUCACGCAUACAACCUGCUCCUUGCUGCCGAGGCGUUGAAGAAUAUUCUUCCUCCUCCGAAACCUAGGCCGCCUGUGGACCGCGGGCCCUCCACCUUGUCGGUUGCCCUGCAAUGUCAUGUGGACAGGGUCCAGCUCCUUUGGAAGUUCCCCCUCAGAAUGAAGCUGUACAUGCGCAUAACGAAUCUUACCUUCCGCAAGGGCAGCAACGGCAAACUGAAUCUAGGCUGGGAAAGCAUUCUCCUGUCAGUACCCGUCUCUGUCGAGCGUGAUGGCGCCAUCCGGCCAGUCUGGGAAGAGCUGGCUCGCUUGCUCAAGUUCUCCAUCGACAUUCAGCCCGAUAUUCGCCCCAUGGGUAUCAUCGCGGAAGGCCACAGCGCUCGCCUGCGCAUCCCAUUCGACUACGUCCUCGCCGAUCUCAUUCUCGACAUCAACAUCACUCUGAAGUCGAUGAAGCACCUUGUCCGCAUGGUACCCACCGGUCAGUUUUUCAACCCGCCGACUCCUGAGGCUGAGGACGCGAAAAUUGUACCAAACGUCUCCCUUCGUCUGGGCUGUCUUUGCGCUGAGGCGGCCGACGAUCCGUUCGAGGCACGACUUGGUCUCAUCUGGCGAACGGGAUUUGACGCGGCACGGAUACGCUCAGAUCGCGACGGCGCCUUCGAAGCGAAGGCGACCACCAUAUUAGCAGCCAGAGGAGAAGAGCUGCCUCCUUCGGCGACAGGCAUUCAUUCUGACUUCCAAUUCACGUCCGAGCAUACAAUCUCUAUUGAAGAAGCACGCCUCCGGCUGAACCAAGUUCAUUCUGGAGUUUGGAUAUCGCGUUUCAAACAAGCUCGAGUACAGCAGAUCCGACAGCAACAGGCGGACAGUAGAAGGCUAUACAUCAAAAGCUCGUUAUACGGCGAUAAUGACGAUGACCUGGUGCCGAUCGUCGAACCUGCGUUUGUGCCGCCCAUGUUCCGACUGAAAUGCGAGGAUUUGAAUCUCAAGUUAGCGGGCCCCUCCUUCACCGUCGAUGGCCUUCCGGACUUCCUGUACAAAGAGGGUGGUGGGAUGCCGAAGGAUAUGAAGUAUUCGCUGCUGAUUCCGAUGCACCUCAACUUCUCUGUCUCCUCCCUGCGUCUGUCUUCCCGAGAAUACCCUCUCCCGCUGCUGAAUAUCCCCGCGCAUUCAAAGAUAGGGGAGGCCGGUCUGAUAUUCGAUAGCAAUGUAGUCAUCGCGGAGGAGAUGGGCACGGAAGAGUCUGUCGAAUGGGUGGACUGCGCAAUUGUUCGUCCACAUGCCGGACUCCAUGGCGCGUCACCGCUGUACAUCACGAUACCAAAGACCAUAAUGCCGGUAAAGACCUACGCGCAUCCGCACAUCCGCGUCAACACCGAUGACGUGACGGAUUUCGCGUGGGGUCUUAGCUAUGGGCCGGUCACGCAGGACAUCAUGAGAGUGGUGGAUACGCUUUCACAUGCACCAAGGGAUAGCUCUCCUGCAAUUGGAUUUUGGGACAAGCUGCGGUUAGUGUUUCACUGGAGGUUCCGAGUUACGUUCGAAAAUGAAGUUCAUCUGCACAUGAAAGGCUCCAACGACCCUCAUGCUCUCCGUGGCCCAGGGUCGGGCUUUGCGCUAUGCUGGGAAGGCAGUCCUACUCUCAGGAUUAACCAUCCAAACCCACAGCAUGAGCUGAUCCAAUUGACAAGCGAGAGUCUCAUGAUCAUCGUUCCGAACGUGGAAGAAUCAUACGGAGAGACAUCGACCAUGAAUUCGCCUGUGGACCAUGAUGACCCUUCAUCCCAAUGGAAACAGUAUACCACUCGACUUCGCAAGACGCGGCGGUCUCGCAAGGUCGUCGCCAAAUUUGGUGCAGGCUCUCGAUUUGGUGUGGGUAUCUCUCUCGAGCGGUCGUGUGACUCGGAAUGCAUCAAGUGCACUGGCGAUGCCUUCCAUCGGCACUGUCGCUUUUUUGACUCGAAACCUCAUUUCGCGGUAAAGCUAGAGAAGAAAGAUCACAAACCUCUUGUUAACAGCGCAGAAGACUCGUACGCCGGUUUCCGAUCCGACUUCAUUCACUUGGCGCUCUCCCUCACUUCAGGCCUACAAGUCGGUGCAACCAAGCACAGUAGUAUUCACCUUUCUCCGUCUGUCUUUGCGCAGUUCUGGUCGUGGUGGACACUUUUCGAUGGCAAGUCCCUGCCCAUUCGUCAAGGUCGUCGCUACAAACACAAGCGACCGCUCUCUCCUAAGUUCGGUCAGCAUCUGGCGACAAUCAAAUACCGCAUCGAGAUCCCUCGAUUGUUCUUGUCGCACGUCUAUAUGGACGAGAGUCAGGAUGCCUGGACAGAUGGCGUGACACCGUUUGUUGGUCUGAAGGCCUCGAUAGGACGCUUCACAGCGGAUAUGCAUCAACGUGCUCAGGAGAGUGUCAUUGCCAAGCCCGAUGGAACUACUAAAACAGUCACGCACAAGCCUUUCUAUGCAGUUGAAGUGGUGCUGGACAACAUGGAACUCCGAACCAUGCUCGCUAUCUUCCAAGAGCCCCUCAAGCAACGUAUUCCGCUAGAGCCCUCGCAGGUUGAGAGUACGUACCGCACGAGGGAAGGCAUUCCCGCUACCGCAAAGGGCUCUAAAUGGAUCGACAUGGAUGACUUUAUUGAUUUGAACUGGUCACCGAGUAGCGACCCAGAAGUACACGAUCUCCUCGUCGGGUCUUGCCCACGGUUCACAUAUUUCAAGCGUCAUUAUCUCAAUCAGAUGAAAGAUCGCGUGGAAUAUACGAAGUUUGGCGACGAAGACAGCCAUGAAUGUUUCCUCGGCAAGGAAGCAUCUGUGCCUCGCAUCCAAAUGGCCAUUGCAUUGGAGCGUAUUGAGGAGCUCCAAAAUCAGUUAACUGGUGGCUCAGACCCAUGUUCGCCAGGUCUAUCCGCCUCGGAUAAGUCAAGUGUCGACACAAAAUACAUGAUAUCGCUGCUGGAAGGUUAUGUCGCUCACCUCAAGAAGGUGGACGCGCAGUCUCAGAGCGCGUUUCACACUGGACCACUAACUUAUUAUAUGCCUGCUGACUCUGUAAGCCCUGACGACUGGGCAAAUUUCGAUAACGUGUAUCAAGUACACUGCCCUAAUCUCUAUCUCGACAAUAUAAUUCGCGAUAUAAUAAUGCAAUACUACCACUGCUCUCGCUCGCAUCGGGGCUUCGAAUACCAUAUGGCUACCCGCGCUGUCAAAUUUAUCCGAGACCAAGCCUUAGCGGCUAUUGCUAACUUGCAGCACGGAGCGGAGGAAGGAAGACACAGGGGAUCAAUCGCUGCUACAAGCGCCCAAGCUGCUGCACAGGCUGUCCGCAAGAUUCUGGGCGGCGGCGACGAUGACCGAAGGCCGUCCGUUGAUAUCUCAGUCGAGCCGAAUGCUCAGCAUCCUGACAUCAAGGACCCGCUGAAGGGUUGGUCGGAAGGAGUGUCGCUGAGUAAAGCACACUUCUGUCUGCUGCUCAAGCCUCAAAUCGUGCUUCGAAGUGAGACUAGUACCGAAUCUGUCUGUGUCUUGGCUGCUGUGCAGGGCAAGCUACAAUCGUACCACAUUCUCGACGACGCAAAUGUCGACGACCCUAUCAGUGGACGCGUUAUGAGCAGGAACUUCGCCUCGUUGACGGGCCUACAGGCGUUCUCGCCCUCCGCUAUCAACAAGUUCGGCCAAGGCGUGGUACCACUCGAGGUGCUCAUCGACUUGAAGUGCGGAACCAACUUCUUCGACAGGCUGGUGCCUCAGACGGACGCCACACUCCAGUACGACAAAUUUAACAGGCUUCGGCUACGAAACAACGUCAACUCCGUCACUCGCAAGAGUAGCGAUUCCGAUGACCAAAGUGUCAACCAUCUGGAGAGCCAGAACGAUCUCGUCCGGAUUCAUGUGCCACGAUUCACUGUCACUGCUAAUGAUCGUCACUUCCAAGCCAUUUCAAACAUCGUCACGAACCUCAUCCUGUUCUCCGAUGCGGCGCACAAGAUGCGUGCCGACAGGCUGGAGAAGAUGCUUUUCAGUUACGACUUCACCAAUCUGGCUUCUGCUGCGGAUGUCGUGGCCAAACUCCAGUACCGUCUCCGGCUUGCAGUCGAGACACGACGCGAAGCAGAACGGAAGCUGCAAGGCCACGGUGAAUUGGGCGAAGUUGAGAAGCUCAAAAUCGAUGCGCACAUCCUGCUUCUAGCAGAGGAGCUUGACUACGUCUUCGAGGCCAUCAAACUUGCCCAGGAUAAGGCGGAUGGCCUAGCAGCACAGAAGUCGGCGUUGCUGCUGCACGCAUCGUCCUCGGAGAUUUCGUGGCGCAUGAUCGACCGGCAUGAACAACUACUCGCCAAGCUAGCAAUGCGCGAUAUUGACUUCCACUGGCUCAAUAGACAAGACAGUUCGACGGUCAAUAACUUGUUGGUCGGCGAUCUGCAGGCGUUCGAUGGCGCUGCUGAUGCAGAGUGGACGGAGAUCUUGUCGAAGUAUGACGAGCCUGCGAGUCACCCACUCGUCAAGCGGAAGUUAUUCUGCGUUGCAGAGUGGACUGUUCUACCGCCUGUCGGAGGCAUCACCAUCUACCAGAGCUUCGAGCUCAGUCUACAUCCAAUGCGUUUGCAGAUCGAUUCAAGAGUCGGACGCCGAAUUAUGGAGUAUGUCUGGCCGGCACGCAGGCGGAGACAGCAGAACGGUGGUGAGGACACGCCUGAGCAUGAUAUCGAGGACCUACACCUGCCCCCAUCAGCUCCGUCAUCGCCUGUAGAUUUCCGCAGCCCACUUCCAACGCCCUCGGUUCACAGCCCCGCGCCGAGACCCACGCGUCGUGCAUCUGCGGAUCUGCCUUCGCCGUCGCGCGAGAACACGCUGACAGUGCCGGGCCUGCGUAAGACGCCGACUUCGCGCUCAUUCACGGACCUGCGCAAGGUGGCGCAAAACGACGCAUUGGGUGUGCCGAGGCUGGAAAAAACGAAGUCCUCGGACGCACUGUUCGCCCUGUCGACGAGUUCGUCGGGGCAAAUGUCGAGAACGUCAAACGAAUCUAGGACAUCGACGCGUCGCAAGCAGGAAACGGAUGACGCGGCGGUGAUGAAGACGCGGUCGUCCCAGAAGACGUUCGUGUGGGUGAAGGUGUCGAGUCUGCAUCUGCUGCUUAGCAUCAUGAAGGAGAAUUCAUUCUUCUGUCGGGACGCUCGGAUUCGGACGCGAGACCUCGAGUACAGAAACCAGACGUGCAGUUUUGAGGAACUGGUCGACCAAUUCAUUCCAUCAGGCAGGAACUGGAAGGGCUGGGUUAAGAUAGCUUUCAACCAGCCCCUUGUGCCGGUGCUUCCUGUCGCCCGUGAGAUCAUAUCAAAGACCAAGUGGGUUUCGAAGGGACAUAAUCACCAGACAAAUACCCCGAGAGGAAGUGGCGCAGCAAGCCCACAGACCCGGCAGCAGUCGCUCAUUCCAGGAAUACCCAAACGACUGCGGACGAUUUCCACUAUGACGAUCAAGGGGAAACAGACGCCAUACGAAAAGGACAAGAACUUAUCGGUGUCGGCACUGGGCUUGAUGACAGAGCCAGAAUCUAUGAUCCCAGACGAGGUGUCUAGUGCAUCCGAGCUAGAGAACCGAAAACCCAAGCGACAGCUCCUCAAAGUCUUUAAGCGUCGCCGCUCAGCGUCCCGGGUGCGAAGCAGCAUGGACUCCACUAGCUCGGUAUCGGUCAUGCACUCAGUCCGCGUCAAGCGCGGCCAGUAUAAUCCCCUCCCUGACGUCUAUCAGGGAGGCGGACAAGGGCGGCCCAGGUCGCGCUCUCUCGCCACCGUGCUAGGCAGCCCAAGGACUCCAGCGCAGUCAGUGGCAUCACCUCCGACCCCUCAAUUCACACCCCAGCCUGAAGGCAGCGGCCAUGCGCGACCACGCUCGCACACGACAGCGGUGCCGUCCGACAGGCCUCCCCUCAGUGGCCCCAGCACACCCAGAAUGACUUCAAGCAAGAUCCAGACCCAUAUCAUGAACCGGAGGCAUGCAGAUUCGUACUACCACCACCAACAUCCCGAUGUGGUGCGGGGAAAGGCACCAGCCAACGAGUCAACAGUCGACGGCCGACAGCGGAGGGGUUCGAUCGCGUUGGAGGGCUCUGCCGAGAAUGUGGUCUAUCGUGGAAACGGCGACCACUUCGGUAUGAUAGGCAGCGCCUUGAGCGCGUGCGACGGAGAGGUGGACGACAAACACCACGAGGACGACAUAGUGGAGCACCUCGACGUGAUAGACCCUGCCAUUGCUACAGUAUCCACUUUGACCAAUGCGGCCAAUGCAAUUGUCAUCCCGCCGCUCGACUGGUACUCGCGUAAAUGUACCGUAGUGCUUCCGGACGUUCCCGUCCGGGAGCCGACUUCCGACGCAGAGAAAGGCCAGAUGCAUGAAGAUAAUCUGGACCGUCAUGUCGAGGAUGUUCUCUCGAAGCGCGACCGGUACCGGCGGAUUGCUAGUGGCGUAUGGGCUUUCAUGAAAACUCCUAUGGGCAUCAUUGUCACAAUAUACGGUUUCCUUGUAGUGUUUUGGGGCACGGGCAUCGUGCUCUUCCUCGCAAGAAUGAUCAACCUUCACAACAAAAACGACCAGGAUUUCUGGGUUGAGCUUUGCCAGCAAGUGGAAACUGGUCUAUUCACGGCGACCAGUAUCGGCCUAAUUCCCUUCCGCGUGUUGGAUACUUGGCGUGUAACGAAGAUAUGGCGUUACCAGAGGAUCACAAUUAAACGCCGGAAAAAGGCAGGCAUACCAGACUUGUACGACAACAACGAUCUGCCGGACCCGCUAUACGAUGAGAAUCAUAUACACGUCCUAACUGACAAGGAGCAAGCCGAUUUGCACUAUCAGCAACACAAGUUUAUGCAGUCGCAGACUUGGUACCGACCUCACGGAACGUCCACUCAUCGAGCAUUUCCGAUAGAACUCGCUCUGUGGAUUUGCGUCAUGAACGACCUCAAUUCCUUCUUCCAAUGCCUGCUAAGUGCAUGUAUGUGGAGUAUGGAUCGCUUCGAACGACCAGCGUGGACGACAGCAACGACUCUCCCUGCAGCCUUCGUGUCAGGUAUAGUUGCAGGCGUACUUAUCUGGCAGGGCGGAAAGAAGACACGUCGACAUGAGCAGGUCGAGCAGCGUCUUCGCGCUGCACUCGCGAUGGAGAAGCCCAUAAUCAGAGUCACGGACGGCAUUGACUCACAAGCCUCACUUCCGGGCGUACCUGAGUUGAGGACAGGGACCUCAGACUCCACGCCGACGCUCACGGCGAACAGCUCGCCACGUUCGAAAGAUUACCUCUUCAACGGCGAGAGCAGCAGCUCAGAUCUACGCGUCGAGGAGAUGCCACGGCGUCAGGAGAACCCGCGACUGAUGACACGCAUCUCGGAGCACCACGACUCUGAGCAGCGGUCAUCUGCUGCUGCGUGGAGCCACCGGGCGUCGGUGGGCAGCUCGCGGUCGGUGCCGAUUGCGGAGCAGAUGACCGUCCCGGCUGCGGAGGACCUUUAUGAUCGGGCGAAUCCAUGGGAGAAAUCGUAGUGACGUGUUGCGUCGGUUGCUCGUCCCGCAGUUAUUGCUUUACAUUUAUGUUUACCCUGCGGUCUUUUUUGCUCUAGUUCUCAUGUACAAGUUACAUUAAUACCCAAGUGCAAAUCCUGUAUGUACUAUGCGAGACACCUAAAGUUUUCCGUUUAAUGCACCUCCGCCGUUUUAUAUGUUUCAUCGGCGGCUUGGUAGGCGUCUAAUAAAUAUUCGGUCCUAACACCAAAUAGGAAAGUGUAGUC